CCGCCGUCCCCCGGCGCGCCGCGCGCUCCCUCGCGCUCGCCCGCCGCCGCCCGCUCUCCUCCUGCCCUCGCCGGGCUCCUUCUCCCUUUUUUUUUUUUUUUUUUUUUUUUGGUACCAUAGAGUCGCUCUGAAAACAGAAGAUAGAGGGAGUCUCGGAGCUCGCCAUCUCCAGCGAUCUCUACAUUGGGAAAAACAUGGAGUCAGCUCCGGCAGCCCCCGAUCCCGCCGCCAGCGAGCCGGGCAGCAGCGGCGCGGACGCGGCCGCGGGCUCCAGGGAGACCCCGCUGCACCCGGAAUCCGGCCGCAAGAGCGAGCCGCCCGCGCCCGGGCGCAGACAGAGCUAUUCCGGCGCCAGCCGAGGUAUUUCGGUAACGAAGAAGACGCAUACAUCUCAAAUUGAAAUUAUUCCAUGCAAGAUCUGUGGAGACAAAUCAUCAGGAAUCCAUUAUGGUGUCAUUACGUGUGAAGGCUGCAAGGGCUUUUUCAGGAGAAGUCAGCAAAGCAACGCCACCUACUCCUGUCCUCGCCAGAAGAACUGUCUGAUUGAUCGGACCAGUCGGAACCGCUGCCAGCACUGUCGGCUGCAGAAGUGUCUCGCUGUGGGGAUGUCCCGAGAUGCCGUGAAGUUCGGGCGGAUGUCGAAGAAGCAGAGAGACAGCUUGUACGCAGAGGUGCAGAAGCACCGGCUGCAGCAGCAGCAGCGAGACCACCAGCAGCAGCCGGGGGAGGCCGAGCCACUGACGCCCACCUACAGCAUUUCGGCCAACGGGCUAACGGAGCUGCACGAGGACCUGAGCACCUACAUGGACGGGCACACCCCCGAGGGCAGCAAGGCCGACUCGGCGGUCAGCAGCUUCUACCUGGACAUCCAGCCCUCCCCAGACCAGUCGGGGCUGGACAUCAAUGGGAUCAAACCUGAGCCCAUCUGUGACUACACACCAGCAUCCGGCUUCUUCCCCUACUGUUCCUUCACCAACGGAGAGACCUCCCCGACCGUGUCCAUGGCAGAGCUCGAACACCUCGCACAGAAUAUAUCCAAAUCGCAUCUGGAAACCUGCCAGUACUUGAGAGAAGAGCUCCAGCAGAUCACGUGGCAGACCUUUCUGCAGGAAGAGAUUGAGAACUAUCAGAACAAGCAGCGGGAGGUGAUGUGGCAGCUGUGUGCCAUCAAAAUUACAGAAGCUAUACAGUACGUGGUGGAGUUUGCCAAACGCAUUGAUGGAUUUAUGGAAUUGUGUCAAAACGAUCAAAUUGUGCUUCUCAAAGCAGGUUCCCUAGAGGUGGUGUUCAUCAGGAUGUGCCGUGCCUUCGACUCGCAGAACAACACCGUGUACUUUGACGGGAAGUAUGCCAGCCCCGAGGUCUUCAAGUCCUUAGGUUGUGAAGACUUUAUUAGCUUUGUGUUUGAAUUUGGAAAGAGCCUAUGUUCUAUGCACCUGACUGAAGAUGAAAUUGCAUUAUUUUCUGCGUUUGUACUGAUGUCAGCAGAUCGCUCAUGGCUGCAGGAAAAGGUAAAAAUUGAAAAACUGCAACAGAAAAUCCAGCUAGCUCUUCAGCAUGUCCUACAGAAGAACCACCGAGAAGACGGAAUACUAACAAAGUUAAUAUGCAAGGUGUCUACGUUAAGAGCCUUAUGCGGACGACACACAGAAAAGCUAAUGGCGUUUAAAGCAAUAUACCCAGACAUUGUGCGACUUCAUUUUCCUCCGUUAUACAAGGAGUUGUUCACUUCGGAGUUUGAGCCAGCAAUGCAAAUCGAUGGGUAAAGGUAUCACCUGAGCACUUCUAGAAUGUCUGAAGUACAAACAUGAAAAAAGAAAACAAAACAAAAAUUAACCAAGACACUUUCUAUGGCCCUGCACAGCCCUGGAGCGCCAACACACUGCACAUCUUUUGGUGAUCGGGGUCAGGCAAAGGAGGGGAAACCAUGAAACAAAUAAAAGUUGAACUUGUUUUUCUCAUGCAUAUGAUUUCCAUUAUGCCUACAGAUAUGGACCCUUUUUCUGUCUCAACUUCUUGAGCGCUGACCUGUUUACAAGGAGGGUACUAAAGUCGGAGGAUUUCCUUUUCUUGUAGCUCACUGCCCCACAGACCUUCCUGGAGUCACCAGUCUGUCACUUCCACCAGAGAGCCCAGCGGCGAUCGGUGUUCCCCAUGCUCGGCUUGCUCUGUUCCAUGAAGGAGGUCUCUUACUUUCUCACCGAUGAUUGCCAGUCAGCAGGAUGGCACCAAAAGGGUCCGUAGCACUAGCAACAAUAGCAUUAUAAUAUAUUACAGGGUAAAUGGGCAUGAAGACUAUAUAUAACUAAAAGAGAUAUUGUUUAUCUAUUGUUUUAAUUAAUAUAAACUGUAGUUACUGGUGUAGCUUUUCCUGUUGAAUUGUUAAGGCACUUUUCAUUUUGCACCUUUUUCUUUAAAUUAAAUGCUAGCGUGUCCACUGUCGUGUCGCAUGUGCACCAGAAAUACAAGUUUAACUGAGAAGGCUCGGAAGGUACGUCGGGAGGUUUUCGUGCUGCUGUUUACAAAGCUACUUGGAAAAGACUGGCUGGUCAUAUCUAGAAAUCAACACGUUGGAUUUUUUUCAUCCUCCACAUGUGAAUUUGAAAUUCAAAAUAGAACUCUCCCUGAAUUACGUUUUGCUUUUUUUGAGACGUUUGAUAGAUGUGUUUAUGCUUCAUACAAAGCUGAAUGAUCGGUGCGGUGUAUUUAAACCCUCAUGCACAUUUUUUGAAUUUAAAAAGCAGCUUUUUAAAAAAUGCCACCUUUGGCAGCAGGGGAAGGGGGAGGGGAAGGGAGGAAGGGGAGGCUCAAUUUACACAACUCAGUAGUCACAUGGAUUCAGUCUGAACUUGGAAAUAAGUUAGUAACCAGAGUAUUUAUUGGACUCUAGCUUUUAUGAUAAGUAGGACCCAAAGAUGUUAUCUGGAGCAAGCACACACUCCCCCGUGAGGACAGGACACGCUCUCUGAGUGUUCAUAUUCUUGGUAUAAUCUAGGAAUCCUAAGCUUUUAUCUCAGAGUGAUCCGACUCUAGACAAGUCCCCAUGUGCCGCUCUUCUAGAAUGUUGCUCUCCAAAUUUGGUAGAUGAUGGCUAGGAUGGCGAGGGAGGUAUGUAAUGUUGAACCAGUUUCUCUUAUUUAAUAUUAAAUAUACUAGGCCUUUAAAGUGAAGUCGAUGCUAGCUGCAAACCUUUACUCUUGUAUUUAUCUUCACUAGAAAACUGUGGAUUGUAAUUUAUUUUAUUACAUGUGUAGAAGAUUACUUGGCUUUGUGUUCAGGUGAGAAGGACUGAGUUACUUUUGUUUCAUUUCCUGCUCUUUAAGCAGCCCCAGUGGGGAACAGCAAAGGCACACUCUGAUUGAUGUACAAGGGUGUACGUUUUGAAAACAAGUGACCUUUUGGGGACGUGGGCAUGUAGAAGAUGGUAGUCACACCCAGAAUGGGGUUCAGAUACAUGUUCUGAUAUCCAAGACCAUGUUAAGGAAGAGACACCAUCCACGCUGUGAAGGUGGACGUUUCCAAGAAGCCUGUACAUUCAGAGGCUGCCUCUGCCACUAGGGCUGCUCUAGAAUCUUCUGCAGGAACAGUGGCCUGUGGGGCCAAGCUGGACCCCUCGGCCUGGUUUCUCAGAGCACUUUAUCUGCUUUGCACCCCGCUAACCUCCUGACUUGUUUCCUGAGGCACUUGGAGAAGGAAUUAUUUACACAGAAGUGCGUAUGAAGCCUAAAUGACAUCCACAUUUUUUUUCAAAAGAUAUUUUAAGGGUUUAACCAUAAAUAGAAGAUAUUUACUUAAAUUUCUUAAGGCAUAUAAAAUUUUAUGUGUUUAUAUAGAGACGUUAAUUGUCAGCAUAUAGUAUUUAUAUUUGGGCAAGAAGGGUUAAAUCAAGCUUUUAUUUAAGUAAGCAUAGUUCCUUUAAAGAUUCAUAGUAUUUAUGCUCUGAAAAAGAGUACCAAGCUUAGUUCAGUUAUUUAUUUGUCCAUUGUAUCUUCUCUUUUUCUUGAGGGGAAAUGGUGGGGGGUCUCUGGAGGGAGGGGGUAUUUUGGUUUUUGUCACUCAGACUCACUAAAUUUGGGGGUGAUUUUAUUAAAGUAUAAAUAACUUCUUUUUAACCAAAGCUUUCUGAAUAUGACCAGCCUCAGGUGCUAGCUAAAGAGCAACUAAACUAAUUCCAGUGUCCAUUUGUGAGUAAGAGUUAAUUGAACUUCUCCAAGGGUGAGAGAGAAAGUAAUGUUGAACGUAGAAUGAAAUCCCCUUUCCCAGAAAGGAUUUUGCAUGGGCGUGAUGCAAAACACAACGAAAAUGAUCCUCUGAUCUCAUUCGUGGUGACGACAUGGUAACACUGCUCUUAUAGUGAACCAAGACAGUAACAAUGAUGCUGCUUCUAGGUGUUUCUGCAAGAAAAGCAGGUGAACUUUCAGAGUGAAGUCCCCUGAGUGUGGGAACAGAAGAAUAGAGACAGAUGUGCUCGGAGAACCCGAGAGAACAACUAUUAUGUGGACCUAAGUUUGGAUCUGAAGCUAAACAAAUACAGUUGAGAGAAAUCCUGAGUCUAGAAAAGGAUGUGAAAACCUUUGCAUUUUUAUUUUCUUCCUUUAUAUAUAAAAAAAAAAAACCCACCUGUGUGAUGACACAAAACACUAGGUGAUACCAGAAUGGUUAUUCUGAAUAGUUCAUAUAAUCAGAGUCUCCUAAACUUAAAUGUCCAACAGUCUUUUAAAGAUUGGAACCACGUCAUGGUUCAGUUGACUCCUCUAACAUUUUUAUGUAAUUUUUAAAAAGAAGAUAAGGCUUGGUAUGAAGCUCUGUACCACUGUACAGUGGUGUCUCCGUGUGGUGAAAAAAACUGGCCACGGUCACAGUGAAAUCAAAAGUGCAGAUGAAAGUGCUUUUUGGACAGUCUGCAAACCAUGUUAGUUAUGGAUUUUUAAAAACAGCAUCCUAAUUUGUGUUAAAGGAAUGAGUUGUUUUUUUAAAAAAAAAAGUCUUCAGCAUCCUAAUCCACCCUUCCUGAAAUAAGGAAAACAUGACAUACGACACUGUUUCUAAGUUUGGUUGUUCUUUACGGUGUGGACGCCCAGGUCUCUGUGAGCACAGGGCAGUGGGCGGAGGGUCAGGCGAGGAAGGCGCAUGCGGGCGUGCCUGCGUAUACGCGUGUAAGAUGUGCGUGUGUGUGUUUGUGUGUGAUGUGCAUGUGUCAGACCGCUUCUAGGCUACUAAGUGUCAAUGGGAAAGAAAAUGUAUUCAAAAUACUUAAAUCAAAACUAGAAGAUGGAAAGAAAAAAAGAUUUAUUCUAUACAAAGCCUUGUCUGGACCACUUUAGAGAGACUUCUAUUUUUUUAACCCUUCUAUAAAUAUUUGAUGGCACUUGAAAUAUUCCUGCAAUAAAAUGUGAUUUGUGUAAAGAAAAAAAAAAGAUUUUGUAAUGUGAAACAAAGAAAGAAAGUAAUGUAAUUUUCUAAAAAAAGAAAUACAAACAAACAAACUUUGUAUUAUUUUCUUGAUGGAACUUGUCUAUCUUUGUCUUUGGGAGACUUUUUAUUUCAUUGAAUGUGCCAUAGUAGGGUUUGUGUUUUUUGUCUGAGACGAAGGAAUGGCUGUUUGUGUUCCGACAUUCCAAAUGCAGAGCGCGUGCGAGUCCUCAGUGCGAAGGUCUGAGCGGUGUGUCAGCUUCUGUUGCUCUUUUUGCACACGUCUUCAUUCCUCUCCAGUGCAAUAUGUACAUAGAGCACUUGCGGGUGUACCUUGAACCCUCAGGGAAAAAUACAUAUUUGUACAGUGUUUUCGUUUUGUUGUUGUUGUUGUUGUUUUGGUUUUGGUGUUUUUUUUUCCUUUUAUUUUUGGCUAAGGAAUGUCGAUCGAAUUACUUGUAUUGUCCAGGGGCAGCCAGAUAAUAAUCCUAAAGCCACUGUUGCAAACAUUGUUUAAGUCAUGUGUCCUUCCAGUGCUAUUAUUUUAAGAUAAUAAUAACAAUAAUAAUAAUAAUAAAAGUUAUUUUCUGACAGUCCUUUGUGCUGAUUGGUGGAAAAAAAAAAGGGUAAAUAAGCACCUUAUAAGACUUACUGUGAAUGACAAUCCAUCUUGCUAGCAAGGAUAGAAGCCCGAUCUUUUUUUGGAGUUGGGGUUAAGAGUCAGAAAAAAUGUGCUCAGGGAUCUUCUGAAACUCUUAAAACAGGGUGGCCAGUACUACUGGGACAAAUUGUGUUUUUUAUCAUUAUUAAUAACGGUAAUGUUACCCCUCCAAGGCACAAAUGAACUGUAUAGAAUUGCGUGUGCGUGUGUGUGCAUGUGUGUGUGUGUGUAAACUCUGCUUUCGUCUUAUUUUAAGUUCAGAACUUACAUGCUCCUCCCUUUGUGUGUUUAAGAACACUGAAUAACUUGCGGAGUAGUGCAAAGUUGCAAUGUGUUCAAAAUACAAAUACACCAAUAGAGAGCAUCAAAGUACAGCCCUUAUAGAUCCCAUUUCGCAUUUCCCUGAUAAUUAAAAUACUGUAAAAUAUUAAAACAUCAAAUAUUUAAAACCAGUGAUAAGACUUGCCUAUCACUGCCAUGAAAUGGACAAAGAUGCAACAUAUUUUGUUUCUUAAAUGCCAGCAAUUAACUGUUGUUUUCACCAUGUUCUCCUCUAGAAGUAAACCAACAAUCCCUUUAUCUAAUAGUUCUUACUGACACAUUUGUAGGUUAUAGAUACCUGGCUUGAGAGCCACUGUCUAAAGACAAAUCAGACUCCACUUGUGUGACAGCUGCUUGAUCCAGCUGUUAGGGUCACAAAUCUACAUUUCUGAAAUAACCGUGGCUUACAUAUUCCCAUGUAUUACUUUCCAUAAAGUCAGAGGAGCUCAGUCUGAUUGUUGGUUCUGAUCACCCAGCCCUGGAAUAUACUACAGUCACUAUCUUAACCUAUGUUCUUCUUAUUGUUGAGAAGCAUAAUUUGGGAAGCCUUUCCAUGCCUCUUACAUGACAAAGAUACUUUCGCUUGUUUUGUUAAAGAUUAUGAAAAAUGGCAGAAAUCUCCCUCCCACUCUCUCAUUGUUUCCCUCCAUUUAUAGUCUCAGUCUCUCUCUCUCUCUCUCUCUCUCUCUCUCUCUCUCUCUCUCUUUCUCUCUCUCUCACACACACACACACACACACACGCACACACGUGGUUGGUAUUUUUAUAUAAUACAACAUGACUGCCACUGCUAAUAAAACUUUGCUGUAGAACCCCAUGAAAGUGACUUUAUAUUACAGCUCAAAAUAUGUGCCCAGAAAUGCAAUUGCAACAAUAAACCUUGACCCGUUGCUAACAGUGUGUAGAAUCCAGGUCUUUAUAUUGUCCCUUGAACAUCAGCAUAUUAAAAGGCUCCACCAGAGCUGAUGAAAGAGGCUUUCCCACUGCUGUGGAUUUUUAAGAGAUGAGAAGGUUGACUGGCAGUGUCUCCAAAAGUAAUUGGUUUCCUUUCCAGGUCUGUUUCCUUGUUUGCGUGUGUAGGUGUGAUCGGUUUUGUCAGGCUCUUGAAAUAAUUUUGAAAAGAGUCCAGAAACCUGGCUUCACACCCUGGAGCCAAGUGAGAGAGAGUGGGCACCUCCAUGUUCAACCACACCCUCAGAACUUAGAGCAAUAAAUACAUUCGGUCAUUCAUUUCAUUAUGAAAGAGUGACAGAAUAUUCAAUCCAAAUAGAAACCACCUUUUUUCAGUGAUGCAACAUAAUGUGGAGUCUUGUGUGGAGAAAGUGAAUUUGAAUGUUUUAAAAUAGAUUCGUAGAGAAUCCGUGUCGCUGUUUACAUUUUGUAUGUUUUGCCAUGUGAGCAGUCCCGCACUUUUGUCUCUGACCCCUCUGGGAGAUAAGGAGUGAUCGUUUGCAGUUAGAGAUACACAUGCCAUCAUGUUGUUCUCCAAGAGGAACGACGUUCUCUCCCGUGUUUAUGCCCGAUUCCUUUCUCACUCAUUGUUACUCUAAAGGAGAGGAAUCCUAUUUCCAGGAACUUGAUUAUCACUGAACAGAUUGCAUUUACAUAUGCAAUCACUUGAGCAAUAUAGUGAAUAUGACUUCACAAGAAAACCUAUAUGUACUGUAUACAUCUUCCUGAAUCCAAAAUUCUCUUCUUAUCCACCGUGGUUUGAAAUCUCAUCUCUGACAGUGGUAAAUGCUUAAACAUUAGGACAUUAGCUGGCUGCUUCUGUAAAUGUUCCUGUGUUGUCCGUUGCUCCUUUUGUGGAGAUGUGUUUUUGUAUUGGAUGUUUGGGCCAAUGGGAGGCUUCAAGCUACAACAUAUUUUCCCAGUUUAAAUAUAUUUAACAUACGACAAACCCCAGACAAGGCUUUUAAUAUGUAUAAAGAACUGCAGUGUUAGGUGGUUUAUUUGCAAACCGUUUUCAAUAUUGUCCAUUUUUAUGGCACCUUUAACAAUAUUCUUGUUUCCAAAGUACAAAAAAAAAAAAAAAAUAGGUUAAAUAAUCUAGCCAUAACUGAAUGUCAAGCAAUAAAACAAAUGACUUUUGUGCAUAGACUUAAAAAAAUACAAAUUUUAGACAUCUGCAUGUAAAUGCAAUCUCUUGUUUACUGCUUUCUUCAACUUGAGCAACUGAUUCCUUAUUUACUACUAACUUAAGAACUUGUAAUGGCCUGUAAACAUUUUCUCUCUUCCUCUUCUUUCAAAUUUAUCUUAUCCCUGCCGUUGUCAUAAUAUUUAAUGUUGUUCUGCACAUCUCUAUACAGUUAACUUUUUGGCUUUCAUUCUGUAUAGAUAAGAAAACGUUAUAUUAUAAACAGCCUACUCAGUGCAAAUAUUUAUCUGUUUAUCAAAUCCACAAUAUGCUGUAUAAUACCGGUUUUACUAUAUAAUCUAUUUUAGACAUAGCUGUUUAGAACUAGAGUGUGCUAUUUUUGUGUUUUUCUGAUGUGUGGUGCUAGAUAAGUUACUUUUGUGAACAAAAAAAAAAAUUAUCCCUUUUAUUCCUAGACAAUACCACCUUUGGGUCUUGUUAAUUUCACUGAGUAUAACUAUAUAUUUGUAUAUAUAUACAUAUAUAUAUAUAUAUAUAUAUAUAUAUAUAUAUUAUCUACCUGUGCCCAGCUAGCACCUGUAUCAGAGUGCUAGGAUUGGGACAUGCUUUUCUCUUUAAAUACAUACUGUCAUUAUAUAAAUUAUUCUAGAGUGUAUUUAAUUAGGAUAAAAUUACUUCCUUAGUGUGGAUAUUUGACAUCUAUAGGGCGUUUAUAAAUAUGAACAGAUGAAAAUUUGCAUUGACUUUUGUGUUUGCUACCAUUUGGCUUUCCACAGUGUCUCCUGAGCUAAAAUAAUUAUUGGCUAGACCUUCAAGAUCCCAAAGAAAGAUUCUCAUUCAGUGGAGUAACACAUUUUUCUCUUACUGAGUUGUAUCACUGGGCACCAGACAGAUUUGUGUACUUAACUCCUAUUUGAGAUAAUAAGCAAUUAUAUAAAACCUUCCUGGUGGCUUGGUAGCAGAGUAGCCUUGCCACUCACGCAACGUGAGAAGGAUGGGGACAUCCAUUGGCAGAACAUGGGCCAUAAGGCAAACUGGGCAAGGGAUAGUCUAAGUCUAACAUUACCUCAACCAGUUCUGUGAACUGACGGAAACACCUUCACUUUUAAAGUCCUUUAAUAAUGAGCUUAAUUAAACUCUUCUCACUUAUUCUCCCCAAAUCUAUUGGCAUUGUUAAAAAUCAGUCUUAUCAAAUAUCUAACUAAGGUUGUAGUUCGCCUUAUUAAAUAUUGAUUAGAAUUGUUCUGUAAUAUUACUGAAUUUGUAAGAUCUUUAGCAAAGAUUUUUGAGCAGUUUAUAAACAUAGAGCAAAUGUUUCUGUUAACUGCACUUUUUGUAACUGAAAGUGAUAAAUUCUCAAGCCACGAUUAGUGGCUCCCAUGCACUGCAUAUUCCACCCCCCAUUCAAGACAUUUUCCAUUCUGAUGGAAGAGUUCCUGUUACCUUAAUUAUAAAUGCAAUUAUGUGGUUAAUGGAAGCUCCUGCUAAUAGUUAACCCUUUGGAAUGAAAUGGCUGUGGUUUAGGGAAAAAAAUCGCUGAACACAGAUCAUGUCAUUCUUGAACCAUCUCUCUUGGAAAGAGAUUUUAAAGCACCAUUGAGCACCCUCAAGGCCCCAGGGUGGAGAGUAUAUCUCUGUGCCUGCCCAAUUGCCAGCACAUGUCAGCAUCUGAUAAUUAUUAAAUUAUAACUGGCCCCAAUUAUAACUUUCUUUCCUGGGUUACUUUGGCAAAUUGAUAAAAGUAUGCCACGCCUUAGGGUUAACAUUUUCUUCUACAACCAAGAAUAAAAACCACAUUUAAAAGAUCACAUGAAAUGCUGAUUCUAAUUGUGUGUAGGUCUUGAGGACUGAGCACACAAAUUUCACAAAACUCUGUGAGUGACAAACUCAGCCUUCUGUAAAUACACGUGCAAGUUUGGAAACAGUAAUACUGUACCUAUAAAUAAAUGCUGUCUGUUUUGUGUACAGUAUGUAAAAACUCCUUUUCUGCCACACUAAAAAUGCAAGCCAUUUACAAGAAUCCUAAAAAUUAGUAUUGAACUAAAACUUUGCUAAUGGUCUUUAUUAAACAAUCACCCAACUUUUUCACUUACAUUGGGUUUUCUUUUCAGUUCACUCUUUACUAUAGUCUGCUUCUUUCCUCCUGUUUUAUUUUAUUGAGUCCUGAAUUUAAAAAAAAAUAUUUUGAUUCAUUUUGUAAAUACAAACUGUAAAAAAGAGAGAUUUAAUGUUGUCUUUUAAAUACUCCGAUUUUCAUUCUAAUAUGAAUGUUGUUAUAUUGUACUUAGAAACUGUACCUUUAAUAUUACAUUACCUUUAUUAAAAGUGCAUUGAACACAUCAAUUUUAGAUGUGCUUUAUGUACUGUUAUCCUAUAAUAAAAUUUCAGCUUCUAAUGGAA